CUCACGCGGUCCGGCAACUCAAAAAUGGCAUCGAAGAGUCCUCCGAACGUCGGAAACGGUUGUGGGAAGCCCGUCCGGCGGGUGUCUUUCCGGCCCUUCUCAUGGAGCCGGGACAUGAUGCUGUUUGUUCGGCAGCACAUGCAUUCACACGAACAACCAAGUGAGAUGGAUGACGAACGACGAAGAGGCAGACAGCGAGAGGUCUUCUCUCUCAAACUGAUAUGCAUGUGUGUCCUCUCGUGCAAUAUUGGCAUGAUGUGCGCAGCAUGUCCAGAGGAGUUGAGUUCACUUCACGUGGGGCCCGCCCCGCCACCCCCAUCCGCCGCCACGAUGCCCCACCCACGCACCACGAGGCCUCUGCCAGAUUCCCACAGCAUGCUCAGCAAGACAGGGCCCGUCCUCAGCCCCGCAACACCAGGCAAGACCGUCUCCAUCACCGUGUCAGGCCCGCAGGCCUUUGAGCGGGAGGCAGAGUCCGACGACGAGCACGCCAAGAUGCCCCAGCAGAGCCGGCUUCGAGCGGGCGGGGCGGUGAGCGACCCGUUGACAACACGGCCCACUCUGUACCUCACAGCGCCGGCAGCCGUGGGCCGGUCCCGAGACAGGAAAUCGGCGGGCGGCGGUGUGGCAAGGGCGGUGACAGAGGGGGAUGGCCUGCUGCCGCUCCCCACAGACACAGGGGUGCCCAAAUUCUCUUCGCAGCUGCGGCACCCCUUCCCCUACCGGGUUUCUAUUCAUUUCGGGACGUCUGCAGGUCAGCAUGCCGUGAACCCGCCCCCUGACUCGCUCAAGGUGCACUUCCCGAUCACUCCCAAGGAGUGGAUGGAGACGGGAGACGGGCUGCUGGCCACGCCCCACGAGAAGAAGAAGAAGAUCCCCAAGACGAAGAAGUCGACUGACGGCUUGUAAGUGAGAACAUGCAGAGAGACUCUGCGACACAGUUCUCAUGUCUCUUCGCUGCGAUUUUCCUGCAGGUUGCCGACGCCACAAUCCCCUCCUGCCAGCUCUCUGAGCAAGUCUGUCCCUCCGCCAUUGCUCGACAGGCCACCCAUGUCGCCAAUGAAUCUCGCAGCAUCCAUGGGCGCAUCGCCCCCGUACCGCAGCAACAUCGAUCCGUUCUUGUCCUUUGACACGGGGCAUGUGGUCGAUCGGGAGGAGGGGGCGGCCUUCUACUGUGCGAGGACCAAGACAGCCCCACAAGAGUCGGCUCCCUUCGAGCAUCCACUGCCUUACUCGUCAUUGCCCGCGACGCCCUCGCCUCUGUUGCCGCACACGCAGCUGAACCCUCUUGCUGAGCCGUUCUUCCCUCCAUCCUUCAUGCAGAGCGGUCCUGCGAGUCCGAUGCCCCAACAGCAUCAUUUCCACAGCUUCCCCAAGACUGCAUUCCAACCAUCGCCGCCAUUGAUCCCCCCACCUCCCCCCUUGCCAUCCUCGCCACCUCAUUAUUCGUCGUCAGCGCCCCCCGGAAGCUUGCGAUUUCAGCCGCCGCCCCCGCCAUUGCCUUAUCAGCCGCCCCCACCUCCUCCGCCCACACGCCAGAUGUCCCGACAGGCAUAUAACAGUCCGCCAGCAAGGGCGCCGCACGGCCAACCGCCUCCACCGCCCCAGCCCCCACCGCCACCCCCUCCGGCAGCACUGAGCAGCCCCGUCACCAGCCCACAAGCGUCGGAGGGUUUCUCUCCGGCUGUUGUGGCCAUGUUGGCGAGGCACUUGGAAGCACGGCCUGGCCGCCCUGAAAGGCCUGAGAGGUCCGAGAGACACGGCGGCAGACCGACGGCGGUGCAGUCAGAUCCGGCGAUCGCCUUGGUCAUACAGCAGGAGAGGAUAUCCUUGACGCCCAACGAGGGCGGUGGGGGCAGCAGUGCGGUGGGCCUGCCGCAGGUGCAGAGGGCGAUGGCGUCUCUACCAGCAGCAGCACCAGCAGCAGCAACAGUCAGCGCAGACCGACCAAGAAGGGGGAGUUCACCGACGAGAAGAGACUCUGAUGCACUGGGGUGGGCUGAGGACGAAGAUCGGUGAAAAGUGCCCUUGACAUGUCUCUGCCUCUCUGUGUGUCGGUGUGCACCAGUCUGCGUGAGCUGCAGUGGCGUGUGCUGGAGAUCGUGCACUCGUCUGUCGAUGGCGAGAGAGGGCAGGAGGGGAGGGCUGGCUCGAUCUCCCUGGCGGAUCUCGACGAGUACUACUUCGAACGAUACUCAUCCGGGCUUGAUGGCGCUGUCGAAAGGUCAUACAAACAGACAGCGGAUGUGUGUGAAUGCAUUUGUCGUUACAUUCCAAUGCGACGGUGUGUCACGCAGGCUCGGGUUUGCGAGUGUGUCAGCCUUCCUCCAAACAAUGUACCCCAUUCUGUCUUUGGCACCUGACGGCUGCAGCGUACGCUACGGCGCCCAGCCACCACAGUCGAUGCCGUCGGCUCCUCUGGCCACCCUGCUGCCAGCGGCGAGCUCCCCAGCACCUCCGGCACCUCCACAAACCGCGCAGAUCCACACCAUCCGCCCAGAAAACAUCGAGAAGUGAGCCUUGAUGGGCUGAUCGAUCACACGACCGUCUGCAAACCUCGUUUCUCUGUCUGAUGGCGUUUCCCGUUAGGUCGACUUUCUUGGGUCUCCUUGCCCAGCUGAUUGAGGACGGCUGCGCGCUGCAGGCGGCCGAAUGGGCCAAAGACUGUGACCUCCUCGACCUGGAGGACGAGCUUGCUGCCGCUGAGACGGGUGGUGUUCAUGAGGGAUAUGGCGGCCUGUAUGGCGAGGCGCAUGACGACAGCCCCAGGGCUGAAGAGGAGAGGCGCCUGCGGGCCAAGGAGAAGAAACAGGAGAAGCACCCCAGACGACUGCGCAAAGACAAGUUCCUCAAGUAACGAAAUGGUUUCAUCCUCAAGUAAAUGGUAGUUCACUAUGCAUGCAUACGAUUGCGCCUCAGGGAUCGGGAAGAGCAGCAACAGCAGCAACAGCGAGAACAGGAAAACCAGCAGCAGGCUCUCCUGCCGUCUCUCUUCAGAGACCACCAACCCCGCAGCCGCACCCUCCAGGCCCCAGCGGUCCUGCCGACACAUACUCCCGCCUCAUCGAGCGCUUCCUCACAGCCGCACAGCGACUCAGAACGAAGCAGCAGAUCGGCGAGCAGGAAAAUCAGGAACCAGCCUGCUGGAUUGUCAUCAUCACGGAGCCUGAGCCACGACAAGCCUCUGUUUCUUGGGAAGGAGGCUGCGGCUGCGGGUGGGAAUGGGUUUGCGCUGCCCCACGUCGCGGCACUGAGUGCCGAGGAGCUAUCGAGGCGGAGAAAGGAGCUGAGACAAAGGACGGUCGGGGUGUUUGUGGCGGCCCUGAAGGCCAUGUGGAAGGAAAAGUGAGUGAUUGCACUAACCAUCAGAAGAGAGGCGGGCCACAAAGAAUGGGGUGUCUGUCUGCAUGUGUGUGCAGGUACGUCAAUAGGGAGGUGUCGAUCAGUGAGCAUGGUGUCUCUGCGUCGGUCCACCUGCUGCCGCUGGACCACUACAUCUACCAGUUCGGCUAUGCCAAGCUGCUCAUCGGUCUAAGGGAGCUUGCGCAUGUGGAGGUGUUGGGCAAGGAGGGCGACAUGCGCGUGGCGACGAAGGAGCACAUGGAGAGGUGCAGUGCGGUCCAAGGCAGCAGAUAGUGACCACCGAAGGAGUGAAUGAGGAAGAUUGAUUUCUG